AUGUCAGAACUACCACCAGUCGUGCUUGCGGAAUCCUCCAAACCACCACAAAUAUGGUUGGAAAAUCAAAUUUCAGCUGUCAAAGAGUAUCUCAAGGAGGCGUGGGGAACGCUCUAUGACAUGCUGCAUAUCUCCCAUCCCCUAGGACGUCAAAUCGUAGCAUAUUCUGCUGAUGCUGGUGGCAAUGAGGAACGUAUUGCCAGGUUUCUGCGGCUCACCAUUCCCCCCUUGUCCCUUGUCGGUAGCAUGAUCUUCUUGUACUACCUCAUCGACCAACUCAAUCCCACAUCGAAGGAGAAGAAGGCCGCGAGGAAGAAGGCAAUGGAGGUUAUCAAAGCCCUUCGGAUCAGUCCCUUGCCCAAACUCACCGACUAUGAGGUGUGCAUCGCAGUGAGCCUAGUGGACACGUCAACGCUGGAAACGUCCUGGUCCAGUAUUGGAGGCCUGGAGGAAGUGGUGGCCGACCUGCGGGACUCCGUCAUCUUGCCCUUCCGCGCUUCGACUUACCUUUUGCCGCGUUCACGGCUCUUUCGCGCGCCCAAGGGGGUCCUCUUCUACGGCCCUCCGGGGUGUGGAAAGACACUUCUAGCCAGGGCUAUGGCUCGUGCUGCCAACGCCAGGUUCUUCAACCUUCAGAUAAGUAACCUUGUCAACAUGUGGUAUGGAGAGUCACAAAAACUCGCUGAGGCGGUAUUUUCGUUGGCUCACAAGCUUCAACCCUCCAUCAUCUUCAUCGACGAAAUUGACUCCUUUCUAACUACCCGUUCCACGCACGACCAUGAGGCAACUCGAAUGAUGAAAACGCAAUUCAUGGCUCUUUGGGAUGGCCUUCUUUCCGAGCCUGACAGUCGAAUAAUGGUGAUCGGUGCCACCAACCGACCGGGUGACCUUGACAGCGCCAUUCUUCGUCGACUGCCCUACAAAGUUCGAGUUCCGCUGCCAAAUGCAAUACAGCGACAGGAAAUUAUGAAGGUGCAUUUGCGUGGUGAGCCACUGGAUGCCUCGGUCACACCCGCCUUCCUGAAGGCGUUCGCAGUUCAAACUGAAGGACUUUCGGGCAGUGAUUUGUUUGAAAUCUGCCGUGAGGCGGCGUUAAGGAAUCUUCAAGGUUGGUUGAACUCGCCUCAAGCCGCCGCCAACUUCGAUGGUGUUAGUGGUGGCGGUGGUGACAACAGCAGCGAGGAAAAAAUGCGCCCUCGCAAUCUAUCCAUAUCCGUGGCCGACUUUGAGUAUGCCUACCAGAAGUUCCGGUGUCACCAAUUGGCAGACAACACAGUCAUUCCCCUACUGAAACCCAUCAUGGACGGACUUGACUAG